GGGGCUACGGUUGGUUCCUCAUUCGACUCUCUCUAUCUGGCCCUCACGCCACUUUGCCUUUGGCCUUCCCGAUCAUUUACGGUUAUACCGUUCAGGUUAUGAUAGCUUCCGGUGACCGGGAACCUGAGAGCCGAAGCUCUGCCCCAGCUCUCGGAUUCCCUCGCCUCAGGUUCUUUCGAUACCGGCGUUUGAGGUAGCUGGAUAGACACAAGGAAAAAACAAAAACAAGAAAAUUCCUAUUUGGUCUAUUUCUUUAUAUUAUUUAAGUAGGAUGCCGACUUCGAAGAUUCACCGGAGAGGACCGGAGGAGAAGAACAGGAGGGGCAAACUAACUCAGAAAUCGUCUUCGUUUCACGGACUGAAUCAGGUUUCUAUGGCAGCGGAGCUUCGGCGGCCAAAAACGCUGCCGGAUUUGCUCUCCUCUAAGAACGCGGCCGGAACAACGGCGCAGGAGGGACGGCCAAGGCUGACGAAGUUGCUGCUGAACGUGACGAUCCAGGGGAGCCUCGGGCCCGUACAGGUCGUGAUGACGCCGGAAUCGAUGGUAUCCGAUCUGAUCGCCGCGGCUGUGCGGCUUUACGCGAAGGAGGGCCGCCGGCCAAUCUUGCCGACCACCGACUCCUCCAUGUUCGACCUCCAUUACUCGCAGUUCAGCUUAGAAAGCUUGGAUAGGGAGGAGAAGCUGAUGGCACUUGGAUCGAGAAACUUUUUCCUGUGCUCCAAAAAGACUGCGGUGGACGGUGGCACAACGACGCCGUCUUCAUCGUGUUCAAAACAGGCUGAGAAAGCUUCCAAGACCGGCGGCUUUGCUUGGCUAAAGUUCAUGGAUUUCUUGCUGUAGACUGUAGUUGAGCGGUGGCCUAGCUAGUGCCAGAUCAAAAUUGUUCUUCUUUUGAAUCUGUCGGUGUGUAAUUAGGUCUGGUUUUUAGAUUUUUUGAACAUUUUCAAUGCUUUUUGUAAACUUUCAAUCAUAAUCAGUUAAAAACUUUGUACAGUUAAA